AUGUCGUCUUUACCUAGACCAUCUCUUCAUCCAGACCUCGCCGAAAUACACGACCAACUUCCCAAAGAUGAUGAGAUCAGUACACCGGAUCAAAUCGCAAAUCGCCGCAAAGCCCUCGACUUCACAUUGGAGCAUACACUUCGAGGAAGAGAAGAUGCCAUUUUCCACGAGGAAAGGGAAUUCGAAGGAGUAGCUGGUCCACUAAAAGCUUCAAUCUUCCGUCAAAAGCAAGGCAAGCAAUCCAAGCAAUCCAAGACCCCAGGAAUUCUGUUUAUCCACGGUGGUGGCCACAUAUCUGGAAGCCGCUUCAUGGGCAUCGACAGCGCUCUAGACUGGGUAGAAGAGUUUGGUGCCAUCCUUGUCUCCGCCGAUUAUCGUCUUGCGCCUGAACAUCCUCAGCCUGCACAAGUAGAAGAUAGCUACGCAGCGCUGGAGUGGAUGAGCGGUCAAAGCCAGGAACUUGGGUUCGAUCGUGAUCAGAUCAUUGUGUGUGGUGGUUCGGGUGGUGGGAAUCUUGCUGCUGGUGUGACUCUGUUAGCGCGUGAUCGGUCCGGGCCACAGAUUCGAGGCCAGUUGUUGAUGUAUCCCUGGCUGGAUGAUAGUAACAUCACUCAUUCUAUGAUGCAAUUUGCGGAUCUUGCGCCGUGGACGAGAUCGAACAGUAUUGAUGCAUGCAAUUAUGCCCUGGGUGUGAAUCGGGAACAUGUUACUAUUUAUACUGUUCCGUCGCGUGCGAGGGACCUCAGGGGCUUGCCGCCGACUUGGAUUGAUGUCGGUGAUGCCGAUGUUUUUCGAGAUGAGGACGUUGAUUAUGCGUCUAAAUUAUGGAAAGCGGGUGUCUCAACUGAGUUGCAUGUGUGGCCGGGGUGCUGGCAUGGGUUUGACGCUUUUGCGCCGGAUGCUCCAAUUAGCCGGAAGGUAAGAUCCGCGCGAAGUGGAUGGGUGCGAAAUUUGAUCUUUGGCUAG